AACUCUCUAUAGCUCUGGCCACAACCAUCCGUUUUUGUGCCGCGUUCAACCAUCUCGGAAAUUAAAUGUUUGUGUCAAAUUAAACGGGGAUAAACUAUAAUUUAAAGGUCAAUGUCAUGGGCAGGGGAGAGUUGUGGAACUAUGAUGCAUCUACUCUGGGAGUUCAUCCUGUCACUAGAUGUAAACUGUUAACUGACAUGAUGCCAGCAGAGGAUGAGAAGAUAAAUGAUGCUUCCACUGAGCUUGAUGAACUGUCAUCAAAUGGUGUAACGGUAUGGUGUCUGUCUGUCCACUCCAGGUGUUACAGUAGGGUGUCUGUUUGUCCAGAGGUGUAACGGUAUGGUGUCUGUCUGUCUGUCCAGGUGUUACAGUAGGGUGCCUGUCUGUCCAGGUGUUACAGUAGGGUGUCUGUCUGUCCAGGUGUUACAGUAGGGUGCCUGUCUGUCCAGGUGUUACAGUAGGGUGUCUGUCUGUCCAGGUGUUACAGUAGGGUGUCUUUCUGUCCAGGUGUUACAGUUGGGUGUCUGUCUGUCCAGGUGUAACGUUAUGGUGUCUUUCUGUCCAGGUGUUACAGUAGGUGUCUGUCUGUCCAGGUGUAACGGUAUGGUGUCUGUCUGUCCGGGUGUAAUGGUAUGGUGUCUGUCUGUCCAGGUGUAUCAGUAGGGUGUCUGUCUGUUCAGGUGUAAGGGUAGGGUGUCUGUCUGUCCAGGUGUAACAGUAGGGUGUCUGUCUGUCCAGGUGUCUUGUCUGUCUGUCCAGGUGUUACCGUAGGAUGUCUGUCUGUCCAGGUGUUACAGUAGGGUGUUUGUCUGUCCAGGUGUAACGUUAUGGUGUCUUGUCUGUCUGUCCAGGUGUAACAGUAGGAUAUCUGUCUGUCCAGGUCCCUCUCCCCUGGGCUCCCUCUCCUGCUCCCUGCAGCGUGCCGAGGCUAUGCUCAGAACCUCCCUGAACCCCAGCCUGAAGUGGCUGCUCCUACAGAACCGUCAGGAUAAAGAGUCCGGGGGAGAAGAAGGGAGCUUUGUGGCCGCUCACAAUCUGGUUUCCCGUUCUUCUGCUCGCGUCUCAUGCCUACAGCAAGGCAUGCUGGGUAUGGCUGCCCAGAGGCCGCUGGUCAGGGGGGCAGAAGCUCUUCAAGUCUGUGUGAGAGGCUCCUCUCCGGAGGGCUGCUUCAUCCAGCAGCGCUCCUCCCCGCCCCAGCAGGCCGCCUGCAGGGCUCUGUGGAGCCUGAUGGAGCAGCGCUCACAGCUGCUGUUUGUGCACGAGUAUGUCAGGAGGGCCCACUCCGCUUCAGCCUAUGUGUCUAAACUGGCUCUGCUGGAAGAAUGCUUAGGAGGACCACAGUUCCCCCUGAAUCUGAAAACAUGCGGCUCCUACUGUUGUCAAAUGGUCCCCCUGGGCCAGGAGCUGAGGGUUCAUCUAAAACACUGGUGGUGUCUCUCAGAGAAGCUCCGCUCCAACCCCUUUGUGAGGCGGGCCCUGGCUCGAAACACCAACUUCCUCGUUGAAAUGAAACGCUCUCUACAUGCUUUGGCUCUUCAGGCGCUGGUUUUGAUGGAGAAUUGUGUACAUGCCAUUUUGUCCAGCCUUGCUCAAACAAACAUUGAAGCAAUUGCAAGAGAGAUGCUGGAAGAUGUUCUGUCUGGUACAGCGCUUUAUAACCAGGUGGUGGAAGAGUACAGUGACCUCAACAGAACCAACCCGUGGGAGUGUAGGCUGUUGCAGAGGAUGUGUUAUUCUGGUCUUCCUGUCCCUCAGUCGGUCCUCCACAAGGUGUCUCACCCGGCGGCGUUCCAGGUCAAAGAGCUGCUCUCGGUCCUCGCCAUACAUCAUGCUCAUACGGCGGCUGAGGAGAUGCACCGUUGGGCCGCUGAGCACUACGGCCCAGAGGUCCAAUCCCAUCACGGAAACCCCCGGCCUUCUCAAACCCGUCUUUGUUCCCAGCGAUCCGUGACUCCUGAAUGGACCUGGGAACGUCUGGAGCACACCUACCUCCCGCCCCCCGGUUCACCCCCUCUGCUCCCCUCCCCCCCGUCCGCCCUCAUCGUGACACCGUCAUCAAGAAGAUCUUUUUCACAUUCCUCUCAGUAUAGUUUGUCUGAGGGCCAAUCAGGAAGCCAAAGCAGAGCUGAGCCCGCCCCCCGGCGUCGACACGCUGGACCUCAGAGUGCUCUGGGAUCUUCAGCCCCAGAGUCCACUAAGGGACAACGUGCCCCAGGCCAAAGGAAUCCUGGAGGCGGUCAGGGCGUCCGAGUGGAACCUGACCUGUACCCAGCGGCCUGUCACUGUGCUGUGGGGCCACUCUCGGCAUUCUGCAAGGAGGACCGGUUCUCCCUUGAGCUUCUGUUCCAGGCCAUGUUGUCCUCCGGUGAUCGGCUCUCACCCCUGGGGCCACACACAUCCAGGCCAGACUACGUGGCCUCGGCAUCCUUCCCUCCAGUGCAGAGGACACGAGAGGAGGGGGGGGCAACAUGUAGACAGAUGGACUCAGUUGUCUCCCAUGAAUACCGGACAGAGGUGAGACCGGCACCAGACUGGUGGUUGGGCCAGGAACCAAGCUCGGAGCGAGUCCUGCAGGAUCCCAUCGAACCCGGACCGUCGUUAGGCCCAGAGAGUCUAGCCAGAUCUGGAGCCGUGUGUCCGACAGCGCUGGAGGAGAAGGAGCCGUUCCACCGCUCCCGCUCAGUGAAGUGGUUGGACCUGAGUCACUCCUUGGUGUGUGCAGAACUGUUUGCAGUGUACCAAACUCUGCUGUGGAGAGCCUGUGGACAAGCACUGUGGCAGAACCUUCACUUUCCUCCAGGGGGCGCCGCAGGCAGCCUGAAUCUGUGGAGUGAUCAUCAGAAACGUCGACUCCUGCACACAUUGAGACAUGCUUCCACAACAGAUUUGGUUCCUCUGGAAUGCAGGGCCAUGCUGGAGAAGUUCGGCCAAUGUUUAUUAAUCCUCAACACGCACGCACACUGGGAUCAAGUGUUGUGCGGUUCUUUAGGCUCAGCUCUCAAAGAUAAAUGUCUUCCUGGGACCACCGGAGAAAGGCCGCUCCUGAUGACAUCACAGGAGCAGAAUGGCAGCCUGGUGAUGACAUCACAGGAGCAGGGGGGAAGCAUGGUGAUGACAUCACAGGAGCAGGGGGGCAUGACGGCGACAGUGAAGCACUUGUUACAGCUCUCCCCUCCUCUGCUCUCUGCUGUCCGCUGUCACCUCUCGGCUGAGGCCACAGAAACAGGUGGGGGGGGCCCGUCCAGCCGGGCUCUCUGCAGAGCCACGGCCCACCUGGCGGUGGCGGCGGGGCAGGCCAGCCUGCUCUGGGUGAUGUCCAAGUCGCAUCAGUUCCUGUCUUCAUGGAGCCUGGACAAGUUUCUCCUCAUCACGCAGGGGGACUUAAAGGUUCUACGUGUGUCUUUAGAAAGGCUUUUACAACAAAUGGAGACCCUGAUGGUUGAGGGAGCCCCUCAUCUCUACCGUCACCACCGAGUCCUCUUGAGACGGCAGAUUGUCGCCGUACGGAGCUGUGUCUCUGAGCUGCAGGCGUUCUCUUCCGUGGCUUUGAAGAUUUUCUCCUGUGGCUGCAAGCAGAUAUCAGGGGAGCUGUUUGAGCAGAGCAUGCCCUCCGCCAAACACUGGAGACUGAACUAUAGAACAGAAUUUCCCAGCAGCCCCAGCGAAUACAUGUUGUUUGCAGCUCAGAGUGUGAUUGGUCAGGUCCUGGAGGGCGUGGCUCCGCUGUCAGACGACGCCCGCGUCCAGACCCUCAGCAUCACCAUGACGGCCUUCGUGGAGGCCUGGAUGGAGCACAUCCUCAAACACAAGAUCAGGUUCAGCGUCCAGGGAGCGCUCCAGCUGAAGCAGGACUUUGACUGCAUCAGAGGAUUCCUUCAGUCCGACGAGUUCAGUCCGUCAGCUGACCUUCUCCACCUCCGGGUAUUCCAGCAGAUGGACUCAGCAGUCAUCUGUCUACUACAGCAGCCUCAGCCAAAGCCUUAUCUCCAGUCCCGCUGCUGGGAGCCCUUCAGACGAUGCUGCCCGACCACACGCAGUGGCAGUAGCAUCGAUGUGGCCAUAGGGGCCAGUAUAACCAACCUAGAGAACAUGGAAGGGGAGGUGUUGAACCAUUCCAGCUCCUCCCCCCUGACUCCCGUCGCCCCCCAAGCCCCUCCCCUCUCUCCCAGCCAGACUUACCUCGCUCCCAGUUUAGCUUUAGGCGCGGUUCAGCAGGAAUGGUUAGACUUGAGAAUCCACAACAGCGUCUCCCGAUGGCGGCUACCAGGACUGCAGUGCCUCUCCAAAUCCGAACACUAAAUUAGCAGCCUGUCCAAAAUCCCCCCCCCCCCCCCCCAAUAAAUACCUCAUGUCUUGGUGUUGCAGAAAAUAUCCACUUGCACUCUUGGGUUUUUCUGAGCACGAAAAAAAAAACACCCUUUUCUUCCUGGUGUAAAUGUAUCGAGAGAUACAGGUGAGAAGUGUAAAUCAUUUAGUUUAGGAGGAAUGAGCAUAGUUCCUGUUUCGGCUGAUCCAGUACUGCAUUGUUUGUAGUAGGGAUAGGCUCCUAAUUAUACACUGUUCCUAUUCUAUUGCUUUUUAUAGAAGUGUCAGCUUUUCUUUACUAGUAUGUGAAUGCAACAUGUGUACAUUUUAUAUAGCAUAUCUUAAUACUUUAUACAUACUGUGAUACAGCUGUGUCCACAUAUACAUAUAAUACAAACACCACAAGCCUUAUGUUAAUGAACCUGCACUGGUCAGUCAAUCAGCACUCAUUAAAUCUAAUGAGCUUCAUGCUCAUACACACAGGGCUCACCAAUAGCCAAACGUACAAAAGCUACUGAUUACUUAAUGAACAGGUUAAAUACAUGGCUCAAAACUGCUCCAGACAAAAGUGUGGCGAGCAUGGCUGGAUGAGAAAAGCAAUCCCCAGACCUAGUCAAGCUAGCUAGACUAACCUAACUAUCUUCUGAGACAUACCGGGCUCGAGGCUAACAUGCCCCCUCCCCAGGGUAGCCUCUCCGCUGACUAAUCUCUCCAGGGAGUGUGAAAACAAGUUCUAACAAACAGGCCAAAACAACCAUGCUCACUUCCUUAAAUUAGAGCAACUGACCUCCAUGAAAAGCAAGAGUGAGUCUUCCAGCCAUACUUCCCCAGCACUGACUAAAGUACAUUCAAAAGUGCAGCAAAGUUUGCAAUCGCCAAUGCCAGACAUAUAGAAACAGACAAAAUGAGUUCCAUCAAGGAACUUCACAAUUUCAAAAUUUGCGGCUCAAGUCAGCAAUUAAAUGUGCAAAGAAGCCAAGUUGGUCCACAAAAGUGCAGAUAAAGCCACACAGCUUUGGGCAGUGGACUACCCUGAACAUAUACAACAGUACAACAUUAUUCUUAAUGGGAAUAAUAACCAGACUUCAAUAUAAGAACAAUGUGCAAAUGCAAACAAAACUGGGACUGCUGGCAAUAAGGUGUUCAUCAGGGUCAAGGUGAUCAAAGAUCUUUAAACGCAAUGGGCCAAUUACAGUGCUGCUAAUGACUGAGCAGCCAAACAAGUAGCCAUGAAAGUGGGUUCCACUCCCACUUGACAAAAUGGCUACUGCAAAGAGGUGAACAAAGAUGAAUACAAAGUGACUUGACAAAUUUGAGACCCCCACCACUUACAAAUAUCAUCUGAUCUAUGGAGUGACUACAUCCCACAUACAAGGGUCACAAGACAAUUUACUGUCAAAACAAACAGUAAUACACAAGUGGCUCAACAAAAAUGGACUGCAACUACCACGACACAAAGGGACACAAUGUAGUUACCACUACAAACAAAUGUUGCCAACUUACUCUAAAGUUGAAACCAAACGUGACCCAACAAUGUGGAGUGCAAGCACCACAAAAGAGUCCACUACCAGUUACUGCACACAAAAGUCUUCCUCAGUUAACAAUCUUACACACAUGCACUCACUUCAUGGAUAUUCUAUCCCGGACGAGCCCCCAAUUUGUUACGCCCCACUUCUAGUUGGCCGUAAAAGGGCUAACAACAAACCACCCUUGACCCCAAAUGUCAAAGGACACCUUUUACAAAAACCCAACCAGUGGGAUUUAUUUACAUAAACAUGAAAAGGACACAACAUUAAGAUAUACAACAAAGUCCAAAACAUAAAGACAAUACAAAAGAGGUGGCCCGACCAGCCAGCAGUCCCAUGACCAAAAGCAUCCCCAUGGGAAGGGGAAUCUGUCGCCUUUAACUCCGGUCCUGACGAGCGGUCCAGGUGCUCCUAAUCAGCUGCACUGAUGCAGCACACCUGAGCAUGGGCUGAGACAUGUCAACAGAACAGGGACAAACAAAGCAAGCCCCCUUUUGAGGAUGAACUGUGCACGUUUAACUUGAUUGUGCCCCUGCACCACCCAAAGACCAAUGCACUGCCACUGCAAGGCCAGUGGGGUGUAGAGGGCGUAACAGACCACCUUCUAUAAAUUAUGAAUUUAGCUGUUGUUGGACAAUGGAGACAGUUGAUCAAUGUUAGGACAUUGAAGAGCGGGUCUGCAUGUUCUAGUAGGAUCAAUGCUCAUUUUCAUUUUCUCUUGAAGGCCAAGAGCAACCCAGAGACAGUACAUAAAGCAGGCAUUAGAUGCAUAAACUCCUCGAGGUAUAUGACUAUUGUACGGGGAAUAGCCCCCCUGGUGUCCCGCCUCCCCCCACCAGGGGGCGCCCUCCUUACAGCGUAUUCCCAGAAUGCAAAGCGAGCCGCAUACCGCUUCUAUUAAAGCUUCAGACUUCCGUCGGAUCCUUCCAUUCCUUCUCAAUGUGGUGGAGUGACUUCAUGCUCUUGAGCUGGCUCUGCCGAAACGUUGCAAGGUUCGACCCAACGAGAGUGGCCUGAUCCGAUACCCCGCUGGUCAGGCCUAGUGUCGGGUCACACAUCCCUAACCCUUUAGCAUGUGCGCAUGAAAAGAAAGUCACUAAUAUUCGGCAUGAUGUCGAAGUUUGCUUUUCCAAUGGUUAUCCCGAUACUGGUGUUGCUUCAGGACCUGAUGGUUGGCUGAGGGUUGCCUGUGGGGUCUUGAUGAGACUAAUUUGUGCAGGCUGCCAAUCUGCUCUGCUAAGAUGCCAAUCAACGGCCCAAAGACGUCAACCAAAGCAGGCUGUCAUCUGCUGCGCUGGUUCUUUUGCUUCAACCAGUUGACCAAGGAGGUCAUGGUAGACGACAUGAUGGGUCACUGUGUAUAGCGGACUGCAAAGUUAAUUACUUGAUUGCAGGCGUAAUGCCCCAAAGACCACCAGAAUCAGGCUGCCAAUCUGCUCUGCUAAGAUGCCAAUCAACGGCCCAAAGACGUCAACCAAAGCAGGCUGUCAUCUGCUGCGCUGGUUCUUUUGCUUCAACCAGUUGACCAAGGAGGUCAUGGUAGACGACAUGAUGGGUCACUGUGUAUAGCGGACUGCAAAGUUAAUUACUUGAUUGCAGGCGUAAUGCCCCAAAGACCACCAGAAUCAGGCUGUCAUCUGCUGCGCUGGUUCUUUUGCUUCAACCUGUUGACCAAGGAGGUCAUGGUAGACGACAUGAUGGGUCACUGUGUAUAGCGGACUGCAAGGUUAAUUCCUUGAUUGCAGGCGUAAUGCCCCAAAGACCACCAGAAUCAGGUGUGGAAUGACUCUUGCUCCUGGGACUUCUCUGGAAUAUAUUCCAGGUUCCUAUUAAUUCAUGCUCUGUUGAAAUAAAAAUGUUUUAACUUGAGUCUUAA